AUGUUGGGCGUCAACGCCGCGGCCAUCACCCAGCUGGCAGAGGUGACAUGCAAAGCCGUUGGGGUACUCGUCAGAAUGAGGAAGAGAGAAGGCGAAUUCAGGAGGAUGACCCCAGCACAAAAGGCAGACGACAUUGCGAGAAUCAGAAAAGAGAGCGGUGUGGAGUUCCGGGCCGCGACCCCGACCUACUUUAACUACAGCAACGAGGUUGCCGUGGCCCUCGCUUGCCCGUCGUUCGAGUACAUUUCGCGCUGUGCGCGCUGCUUCUACGUCGCCAACUACAAGAUCACGGGGGACCCAGGCCAGGCCACUGCAGAGGAGGCGUACCUGCGCGAAAACGAAUGGAACUUCAACUACGGCCCGUGGGACUGUGCCGAGAGCUUCGAGCACUGCCACUGCACGUAUAACAGAACGGUUACUGGCGACCGGGACAAGGGAGUUUGUGCCUAA